UGAAUUUUACCGCUAAAAAGCCCUCCAAAAAAACCAGUCCGAACAAUGACCCGACCCCACCCGUAUGAGAACAACCACGUUUGACAGAGGAAGUGAUGGUAAUUAGUCAGUUAAAAAUUCAUGAAUGAGAACCCCAUAUGUCUCUCUUCAAGUCUUUGCCAUUAUUAACUUGUCCACUCAGUAGACUCACAAUGUCAAGAACCAAUACUACAUCAAAGCCUAAAGUCAACAAAUUGCAACAGCUAAUUCAUUCUGACCCUUCUGGUGGUUGGGAGAAAUGCUGGGAGAAGGGAGUGACGCCCUGGGAUUUAGGGCAGCCUACCCCAAUUCUUGUUCAUCUUCAUCAAACAGGUUGCCUUCGAAAAGGCAGAGUUCUGGUCCCUGGUUGUGGCAGUGGUCAUGAUGUGGUUGCAAUUGCGUGCCCUGAACGCUUUGUUGUUGGCUUGGAUGUAUCAGAAAAUGCUAUUAAGCAAGCUACAAAACUGUUUUCAUCAUCAAAAAGUGCGGAGUAUUUUGCUUUUGUCGAGGCAGAUUUCUUCACCUGGCGUCCCACUCAAUUGUUUGAUCUUAUCUUUGACUACACUUUCUUUUGUGCCAUUGAGCCAGAGAUGAGAUCACAAUGGGCCAGCAGAAUUCGAGAUCUUCUAAAACCUGACGGGGAGCUUAUUACACUGAUUUUUCCGAUAAGCGACCAUGAAGGCGGACCUCCGUAUAAAGUAUCAGUUUCCGAUUAUGAAGAAGUCUUGCAUCCCAUGGGGAUCAGGGCAGAAUCGAUUGUGGAGAAUCACUUGGCUAUUCCACCUCGGAGAGGAAGAGAGAAACUAGGAAGGUGGAAAAGGUCCACCAUAUACAAAUCCUUGCUCUGAAUAUCAUCCACCUUGUGGGUUGUUUAUUCUCCGAUUGUUCCACCUGCUAUGUGAUUCUGGUAUUUGUAUAUUUGUGUAUCAAUGAUCUGUGAUUCAUUCUUAGAUAUUCUCAAAAGAUGAAGAGAAUAAUUUUCUUAAACUAUCUGAAAUGUUGAUUGUAAUAGUAAUAAAGGGUAAAUCAACCGAGUAUCCAAUCAGAAAGGCCUCUCCGGAACUAAUAACACAAUGCAUUGUUUGAAGA